AUGAAGACGCAAGACGCCGUCAGAGCGAUCAUGCUCGUGGCAUGUGGAGCCCUUGCUCUCAGGCAGGUGAUACUCCUGAUCGACGAGUUCUCGUCCUCGCCGACAACCACCUCCUACGAGAUCGACGAUGUGAACUCGAUCCUCCCUCCGGCAUUCACCUUCUGCCUCAAGCCGUCCAUUAAGAGCGGGUUCUCGGAGGAUUCUUGUCGCGAGAUGAAACGAUUCCAAAAUGCAUCCGUUUCUCUGAAGGAUUUCGUCAUUAUCGCUCCUUCAAAAGGGAACGAUGUGAAGUUUGCACCAGCAAUCAACGGAGAAAUCAUCUUGCCCCUCUCAAAAAACGGUGGCCAUUGGGUGGAGCGAACAUUCUAUCAAAAGGACACUGUGAGGUAUUUCAAGUGCUUCACACUCUUCUUGGCAAAAAAUGUUUCCACAGGGACAAGAAACUGCCUUCGGCAGAUGUUCAUCUUUGAUUUCAAAGCAUUCAGUGCUAUUGAACACGAGAGGAUGGAGAUGGAAGUGUUCGUCCACGACCAGAGGGAGCAGUAUUCAAGUUUCCACCAGUUUCGGUCGGAGAAUUUCAUCCUUCUUAAUGACACCGUGACGAGUGUCUCCUUUCGUCCUGAGGUCGUGGAGAAGCAGAGUACGAAGAAGGAACCCUACAGAGGGAGCAGUCGUGGAGAAGCAGAGUACGAAGAAGGAACCCUGCAGCGUCGAAGAGAACUACAGCAACACGAGGUGCUUGGAGAACUGCUUUUGGAAGCGGUUUCAAUCCCGAGUCGGCGUUUCGUGCCUCAUUCCCUCCCUCAUGCCGAAGGAAGCGAGUCCAACGAAACCGGAAUGCGAAGAUGUCCAGAGCGAAUUCAGUGCAUGGAGAACUGCUUUUGGAAGCGGUUUCAAUCCCGAGUCGGCGUUUCGUGCCUCAUUCCCUCCCUCAUGCCGAAGGAAGCGAGUCCAACGAAACCGGAAUGCGAAGAUGUCCAGAGCGAAAUGAAAAAUCUGAAGGAAAUGUGGAAUGCCGAGAGUGAAGAGGUCGAAAACGAAUGGAGAAACUGCAACUGUCCGAAGAGAUGCAACAUGGUGGACUACCGCGUGUCGGAGGACCCGACAUCCUCGGCCUGCGACGCCGCCGUGUCGAGUUUCGGGAAAGACGGAGCCGCGUUUCUCUUCUUCGGUUUUCCCUCUAGCCGGGUCCCUCGUUUUCGAGAGAAGGAGAAGGUGACCCUACCCGACCUAUUGUCCAAUAUUGGCGGUAUCGUCGGAUUGUGCCUUGGGUUUUCCCUCAUCUCCGUCUUCGACGUCUUGCAAAUGACGGGUCGUGUUCCACCAGGCUCGGCGGGGUCACGGCAUCGUCGAGUCUCCGAGAAUUUCAUGGGGAACCACCAGCAUUACAUUCCGUUUCACCAAGGGGGGCUUUUCCCCACUCGUGAUCUACGUCCCGCCCUGCGUUCUCCAUCCUUCACCGUUGUUCCUAUUGAGUUCAAGGUUCCCGAUGUCAUUUCGAUGUUCGCUCCCACGGCAUUGUUCUUCUUCCCAUUCCUCACCGAGUCCAGGAUGAAGGCCGCAGGUACAACUCCGACCCUCGCAUUCCUCGUCCUCCUGGGAGCAGGGCACGGAUCCGGCGCCUGCCCCGAGGACGACGUCGCCCCCUGCGAGUGCGGCGUCUCGCCCGCGUUCCUCCAUCCGACUGUGUCCUGCGGGAGGGCCGCGAGCGCCGCGGCGAUCUCUGCCGCCUUCGGGAAGGCGGCUUGGCCAUCGACUUUUCCAAUAUUCCAUCUCGGAAAUAACACGGCGGUGAAGGAACUCACGGAAGAAGUCUUCGGAGGAGUGGCCUUCGACUGCAUCUGGAUCUCGGGCACCGCCAUAGAACGGGUCGAUCCGCUGGCCAUCCUGUCUUCCGCGGAUCGCCUUCGAGAUCUUCAGAUCGCCGGGAGUCGUCUCGAGGAUUUCCCGUUUCGGGUCCUGCCCGAGCUGCGACGCCUCGGUGUGCUGGCCGUCGUGAACGGUUCCCUGACGGGGGUGCCGGCGCUUCGAUCCCCGAGCCUGAGACACCUGAGACUGGAUCACAACGAGAUUGUGAGGGUCGAGGGUCGCGGAUGGCACGCUCCGAGCCUGGGGCAUUUCGACCUCAGUCACAAUCCUCUCUCGGAGUUCCCCUCCAAGGUGAUCGAGGCUCUCCCGAGACUGGAGGUCUUCCGCUGCCUGCGCACGCCGCCCGAUCCCGGGUGCGAGCCCUGGCCCCACAACCGGAAAGCCUCGCUCCGGAACCCUUGCCACGCCAACGCCCCAACGCCCUAG